AUGAAGGGAGGAGAGCUGAAGAAACUUACAGAGCUUGUUGUUGAUGCAAAAGAAAAAGGUUUAAAAGUGGUAUCUGCUGUGGUCAAAAGGAUGCUUGAGAAAAACAUGUUCCUCUUUGGGUGUUUGGAGAUAAAUGAAGGUUCUGUUACAGAGACAGUGAAUCAACUUACAGAAUUGCAGAAUGCCUCCAUUCAAGUUUUAUAUAAUAAGUUAUUUGCUGAUAGUCGGAUAGAGCACUUCCUCCAUAUGGACUUGGGUAUGGAAGUUGACUUGAAUGUUGUCCAGGAAAAGUCAACAGAGUAUGCAGAGGCCAAGAAAUUGGCCAUUGAAGAGGCCAGCAAGGUAGUGGAUGUUCAAGACAUAAAGCACAUAUCAGAGGAUAAAAAAUUGAUUGGAGAUGAAAUGGAGAAGAUCGUAGAUGACUGGAAUGUCCAAAGAGAUAUUUUUAAUCAACAAAGAGGAUUCAGCCAGCAACCUCCUGAAGAACAACAGCAGCUCCUGCUGCUACAAGAAGAAGAGCAACAGCAACAUCAAGAUGAUGAAGACUUUGAUCAGGAAGAUGAAGACUUUGAUCAGUUGGAACGAUUGCUAUCCAAAGCAUAA